CUUGGACCUGGUGGAGCAGCAUUCUCAAUUUUGACUGCUGUUGUGCUUCCUCGAUCCCUGCCUGGGCCAGAGCCAAGAAAAGGCGAGUCCUUUUCUGCUGAUAGAACUGUGAGGAACUGUUGCUCAGGACCUCUGCACUCCUGACACGUCGUCACAGUCUCUCGCUUUUCUGUGGCUUCACAGUGAAAUCACUCGCACGUUUGUAGCCGGGUGAAUCCUUCUGCUCCAGUGCUCAGAGGAGGGGUCUAGGAAAACAUCAAGUGUUUGAAAGAGGGAUUCAGAGUACUGCGGGAGCUGUCUGAGGUGCUGAAGCUUCCCAAGCGUUUGCCUCUAGCAGCCCCAGAAGGGGUUAGAUGGCACGUUUUCACUUCUGUCUUUCUGGUCCCCCAUGCCUUGGAUAAGACUGUUUUCAGGAUCGGGAAUAUCUUUCCGUAUCAUGGCCCACGUGAGACACUUUCGGACACUAGUUUCUGGAUUUUACUUCUGGGAAGCCGCACUGUUACUGAGUUUGGUGGCCACGAAGGAAACAAACAGUGCACGGUCCCGAAGUGCCCCAAUGUCACCUUCUGAUUUUCUGGACAAACUAAUGGGGAGGACAUCCGGGUAUGAUGCAAGAAUCAGGCCGAACUUCAAAGGUCCUCCAGUUAAUGUCACAUGCAACAUAUUCAUAAACAGCUUUGGCUCCAUCGCAGAGACGACUAUGGAUUACAGAGUAAACAUUUUCCUUCGUCAGAAGUGGAAUGAUCCUCGCCUUGCAUACAGUGAAUACCCUGAUGAUUCAUUAGACCUCGACCCAUCCAUGUUGGACUCCAUAUGGAAACCUGACUUGUUCUUUGCUAAUGAGAAGGGGGCUAACUUCCACGAAGUCACCACCGAUAACAAGCUGCUAAGAAUUUUCAAAAAUGGAAAUGUUCUUUAUUCAAUAAGGCUGACAUUAACACUCUCUUGUCCAAUGGAUCUCAAGAAUUUCCCAAUGGAUGUUCAAACAUGCAUAAUGCAACUCGAAAGCUUUGGGUACACGAUGAAUGAUCUCAUUUUCGAAUGGCAAGAUGAAGCACCAGUACAAGUGGCUGAAGGACUCACUUUGCCUCAAUUUUUGUUGAAAGAAGAAAAAGAUUUGCGAUACUGCACUAAACACUACAAUACAGGAAAGUUUACAUGCAUAGAAGUACGAUUUCAUCUUGAGCGGCAAAUGGGCUACUACUUGAUCCAGAUGUACAUUCCCAGCCUUCUGAUUGUCAUUCUGUCCUGGGUCUCAUUCUGGAUUAACAUGGAUGCAGCUCCGGCUCGGGUAGCGUUGGGUAUCACCACUGUACUUACGAUGACCACGCAGAGUUCUGGAUCCCGGGCUUCUUUACCAAAGGUGUCCUAUGUCAAGGCAAUUGACAUUUGGAUGGCAGUGUGUCUCCUUUUUGUGUUCUCAGCACUUCUGGAGUAUGCAGCUGUGAAUUUUGUAUCAAGGCAACACAAAGAACUGCUGAGGUUUCGGCGAAAGAGGAAAAAUAGAACAGAAGCUUUUGCACUGGAGAAGUUUUACCGUUUCUCAGACACGGAUGAUGAGGUGAGGGAGAGUCGGUUCAGCUUCACUGCCUAUGGAAUGGGGCCCUGUCUUCAAGCAAAGGAUGGUGUGGUUCCAAAAGGUCCCAACCAUGCUGUCCAGGUCAUGCCAAAGAGCACCGAUGAAAUGAGGAAGGUCUUCAUCGACAGGGCUAAGAAGAUCGACACCAUCUCCCGAGCCUGCUUUCCGCUAGCAUUUCUGAUUUUUAACAUUUUCUACUGGGUUAUCUAUAAAAUCCUUAGGCAUGAAGACAUUCAUCAUCAGCAAGACUAAGUCUAUGAAGGCAUACAAAAACAGAGCAUUGAGAAGAAAGAGUCCCAGCUAAAGGAGCGGGGUGUGUGUGCAUGUGGGGUGCAGGUGAGAGUCAGUGCAUCAGAACAGCAUAUGGGGAAAGAAUUUAUUUUGAUUUCCUAUGUAAAAUAGUGAGAUAGUUUGGUUAAAUGAUACAAAAUGUACAUCGUGGGUGUCCUGCUUCAUAAUCCUGACAGGUGAUCUGUUGUCUUCCUAGUGUGAAAAUGUGUUGCAUAUGCUUUACAAGCACAUAGAGUAGACAUGAUAACUACAUUGGGAGGUCUUGAGUUUUAAUUCAAUUAUAGUAAACACUGCGGAAGCAAGAUUUACACAAUAAAAUGUAUAAAGCAAGUAUAGCAAAAUGAUGAGUAUAAUAAAAUGUCUUGAGAUAUACAGCAUAUCGAUGAAGUAACAAGAUCAUUAAAUGUCAAGGUCACUCAUGUCAGAACACUGCCAUAGAAACAGUGUGGAACCAACACCCACAAUAAAAACAAAAUCGGAUGGUCAAAAUGAAAGCCACCAUUUAGAACACUAUGGCUUAAGCAAUCAUGUUUAUAAAAUUCUACUUAUCUUUACAUCUCUAGGAAUGAGGAGGAAGAUG